AUGGCAACCAUUGGAUUUCUGGAAUUUAAGGCACGUUUUGCUGAAAAAUCUGGAGCGUUAGCCUUGGUCGUUGGACCAGCAUCAAGAAUUCAACGAAAUCGCAAACCACUUAAGGUUCGAGCUUCAAAGAUCCCUGUAGUAGUUUUGGAUGAUCAAGAAACCCAGCGAUUAAGAACUCAGCUUGCCGAAGCUGGCCGAAGUGCUGCUGUAGCUCACCUUCGGCUUGAUUUUAUCGACACAAAACCACCUCAUGUUCUAAAACUUCAGGUAAGGAUUGCUAAUAACAUUUUUGAGAGGAAGGACGAGGAGAAGGGGCCCCAAAGGGGGCGUGGCAUGGGCGGAGCCAAGAAUUUGACUGAGAAAUCACUUUGGAAUUGGUUAAACUUCUUGAUUGAUGAGGAGAGAGUUUUUCGCCCAAGUCUUCUCAAUCUCUCAUUGAUCGGGUUGCUCGUCGUUCUCGUUCUGUUCAUCACAUUAUUGGUCUUUGUAAAGAUUCGAUGGCGACCAACGGUUCAUCGAGAUCUAUGGCUUAGAACUUUAGCAAGAGCUGCAGUAGGAAAGAUGGAAAUUAGAAAAUUCCAGAAGGAGCCUUCCCGCCAACGUCGGCGACCUUUUGCUCGAUUACGACGAGUUCGCUCCACUUACCUGCCAGUUUUUGGAUCACUUACCUCUGUAGCCAACACUGCCAGCUCUCAGGAGCGUUGCUCAAUUUGUCUCGACGAGUAUGCCGAAGGCACAGAACUCCGUGUACUAUUCUGUGGACAUGAGUUCCAUCCAAAAUGCGUCGAUCCUUGGCUUCUUUCCAAUCGAAGAUGUCCUUUAUGUCAAUUUGAUGUUGUCUACAAGCAAUAUCCCAAGAUGGAACCACCCUCUAAGAACCGACAGUAAGC